AUGACGAACCUGACUGUGGCCUGCAUAUUCCCCGAAAAUCACUUCUACCUCUUCUGCACACUUUAUAUCAGCAGCGAUCAGAUCCAGCUUCCCUCUGUGCUGGCACUCUCUUUGACGGAGGCAACGUGCACGAGUCAAAUGCACUCAUUAAACUGCCUCCUCAGUUUCAUCUCAAACUGCCACAGUUUGCAAGGUCAGGACACACAUGUUACUGAGAAGCACACUUCUUUAAACCUCUUAAUAGCCAUAGCUAACUGUGAAAAGUUCAAAGUGUUUAUAUUACGUGUUUUUUUUCAGGCUAAUGCCAGCCAAGAGUGUACAAAAAACCUCCUGAGUCAGAUUGACAACAUCACUACUGAAGUGUUACCAAAGGAAGAUGUGGAGAAUGCAUUGGAGUUCCUUACUACUCAACAAAACAGUUUGCUUGUUGGAAAAACAAACAAAGAACUAGUGUCCUCUUUCAAUAACAUACUGAAAGCCACUGACAAACUGAUGUCUACUUUGGUGAAGAAUGUAGAGACCAACUCUUCUAUUAGCAUCUCCCUCAAAACUAUAGAGGCUCGUGUUUUUGAAAUUGGACCAAGUUGUUCCUUGAUAGAAAUCCUUCAGCUUGAAACACCAGAUGCUAAAAUGGACAUUGAUCUCAUUGGAAUUUCUAAAAGCAAGAAGAAUCAAGGGCACGCUGCUGUAGCGUUCAUGAGCUACACCAACAUGUCGAAUUCCAGCCUGUUCAGUACAACUACCAACACAAUGAAACGUAUGAUGUCCACUGUGGUUUCAGCCACGCUCCCCAGAACCAACAACACAAACCUCACCAAACCAGUUAAUUUCACCCUGAGGCACACUGCAGUGUUUAAUCUCCAUGUUACUCCCUCCUGUGUCUACUGGAAAGAAACUGACUGGGUCACAGAUGGCUGUAGGCUUAAAAAGAGCAACAUCACUCAUUCUGUCUGCUCCUGUGAUCACCUGUCAACCUUCGCUCUCAUCAUGCAGACCAAACCAUCUGAGAAUGACCAUCGUUUGGAUGAGUUCAGCAUGGUGGCCGAGGCACUGGGGCUGGUGUUCUUGGUGUUGACUCUGUUGACCUUUGCCCUCUGUCGAAGCAACCCAAGAGUCAUCAACACGGCCCGGAUCCAAUUGUGUAUAAGCCUGUUGUUGGCCCACUUCCUCUUCCUGCUUACACAAAUAUUACUGAAGAGCAAAUCUUUACAGCCUCUCAAGUUGGCCUGUGCAGUGAUGGCAGGUGUUCUACACUUCCUCUUCCUCUCUGCUUUUGUGUGGAUGUUCAUUGAGGCACUGAUGCUCUUCAUCGCUGUAAAGAACCUGUCACGUCCCAAAUCAAAGCAGAAGCAGCUGCUUAACUGGAAGCUUUUAACUGUGGUUGGGUACAUGGUAGCUUUGCUUGUGGUAGGCGUGUCUGCUGGAGUGGUACCUGAAGGAUAUGGCAGUGAACAAUGCUGGCUUAAGCAGGACAAAGAUGUCAAGUGGAGUUUUCUGGGUCCUGUUUCUUUUAUUCUUGCAUCCAACACAAUCCUCUUCAGUUUGAUUGCUAUCAGCCUGGGAUAUUCUCUGACUCACCUGAACAGUCAAGUUUCACAAAUAAAACAAACCAGGACUGUUUUCUUUAAAACCAUGGCCCAGUUUGUCAUCCUCGGCUGCCCCUGGAUUCUGGGUUUCUUCACCGCCGACAGUAAGGCUCUGGAGAUUAUUUUUGUGAUCCUCAUCUCUCAGCAGGGCACCUUCAUCUUCAUCGUCCACUGUGUCCUCAGUAACGAGGUAAAGCAAAAGUACAUGAAUCUGCUGGGUGGUUUUCAGGCUAAUUUCUCUCCAACUACCAUUAUCACUGAAACCAACACCACGCAAGGAUGAAAUCCUGAUCUACAUGCCAGUUGACACAGUAGCUAUGAAAAUAUUAUUGCGAUGUCCAAUAGGAUAAAGGUUUAAGUAUUCCAAUGUACUUUCUCAAAAAACGUGACU